UUUAGUCACAUUAUUGAAUAGUCUUAACUUUAUAUAGGUUAUCAUAAGUCAACCGUACAAAUUUAAUAUAAAUUAGAUAUAAUAAACAAAUAUCAUUUACCAUCAACCAUAGAAGAAGAGGUUUUAACAUUUCAUAGGAAUGGUUAGAUUUCUCAUUCGAUGUUGUGCUAUUUUCUUGCUUUUUAUUUCAUGUAUUGGAAUUAUAAAACAUAAUUACAAAGAGCGACUGUUGAAAGGAAAUGCUGAAUUUGAUUCAAUAGCACACGGAAAUACUGAAAAUAGUCUAACUGUAGAUGAAGACUGCAACGAGACCUUUGCAACAACUCUAGAGGAGAACCUACAUGUUGUUGAGAACUACCCUGGUGGUACAGCGGAUAGUUACAUGUGGAAAAUUGGUGGAUCUCUUAAACAGCCUAUCACUCAAAGACAAGGCAGCCCCGUGCUAGUAACAGCAAUUUCCAGUCAAUAUUUUCCACUUCUAUUUGGCCUUAUAAAAUCAUAUCAUGGCCAUGCGCUCGACCGAGUGGAGGGAGUAAAAAUAGAUUUUUUGAUUUACGACAUCGGAAUGACGAAAUUACAAAGGAAACUUAUUAAGGACUCUGGGAUGCCUUUUGAAAUUCGUAAAUUCCCGUUUGACCAAUUCCCGACACAUGUUAAAGCACUGAAAUAUAUGGCAUGGAAGCCUAUAAUAAUUCAGAUACUUCUCAUGGAGUUUGGAUUUGUCUGGUGGGUGGAUUCUCCAGUCCGAUUUAAAACAUUAGAUGUUGAAAAUUUAUUUUGGGCAGCUAAAAGAUAUGGAUUGCUUUUUAACAUUUCCCCUGAAAUGGUUAAGAGGAAUUUAACCAAAAGUUCAGAUGCAAGAACUUUUAAGUACCUCGGCGAUGACAGUUGUAAAUUCAGAAAUUGUCAUGUCCCGGAUGCAAACUCUGUUCUUAUUUAUUUUAAUUCCGUUACCAGAGUAAUUAUCCGCGCAUGGACAAGGUGUGCAUUAGAUAAAAACUGCAUCGCGCCACACGGAUCAAAACAUUGUGACGUCAGUGCGACUUAUACCGGAAGUUGUCAUAAUUACGAUAAAUCGGUGUUAGGAAUUUUAACAAGCCGAGUUCAUCAUCAAGAGAAAGCGAAUUCGUUUAUGAAAGUUUUGAGUGAAAUAAUAAUUAUUAACCGAACAGACACUCUAACAAAUAAUUGCAAAAAUGAUGUGUGUGAAUUUUAACACUUACCAGACUAAAUAUCUUGAUUUCGAAAUAAACAAAACCAUUCAUCAUUUUAGAGAAAAUUUCGAAAUAUAAGCUGAAUGAAUAGCGAUAAGUGUAGACCAUUAUCAGAAGGCCCGGGUGUUCUGGUUGAUCACUGUCUGCACUGGUUGCAGGCCGCCAGCAGAUUCCAUUUGGAAGAGUAACCAAGAAAUUUAUGUCUAGUUGAACUCAAAAGCGGUUUCGGUGACCCCUAUAUUUUCGCAUAAAAUGUUUUUUGUUAUUAAAUUCAAAUAAAGUUUUAUAAAUAAGUAACUUUUAAUACGGAGUUUUUGUUUGCUAAAUGUCUAUAUGAAACCCUAGCAUACGCCUAUAGUCUGAAGCGAGAUAUUUUGACAACAGCAGAAUUGCGAAAUUAGAAAAGUGAAAACUAAAAAAAAAAAUAUUCCCAACUCAACCGGUCCCAAGCUGAGGAUUAAGCAAUGGGUUUGAUAUAGCACUUCAAAUAUCUUCUAAGUCGAUAGUUUAUUAUUUAUUUAUUUAUUAAUUAUUAAACUAAAGUGAAGAUAAGUAUCGUGCGCGCUCUUUCAUCAC